UUACUGAGACGACACACACACACACACACACACACACACACACACACACACACACACACACACACACACACACACACACACACACACAAAGAGAGACGGACGGUAAGAGUCACCUUUAGACUAAGAGCAGCACUUCCCCUGAGAGGACGGCUACAGGAGGGAAACUGGAAUACUUCCACUUCAAGCAGCUGCUGAAUCACUGAACCGGAGUUUUACCAGAAGUCAAAGAGGAAGUAACUUUCAGGGACAGGGAGCGGCUGCUGCCGUGUUUUCUGCUUCACUCUGAGAAUAAAUGGCUUCCAGAUUAGAGGAAGAUUUCUGCUGUUCUGUCUGCCAUGGAGUCUUUAAAGAUCCUGUCGUCCUGUCCUGUAGCCACAGCUUCUGUAGAGACUGUCUGCAGAGCUGGUGGACGGGGAAAGUGAUCAAAGAGUGUCCACUUUGUAAGAGACGAUCUUCACGGUCAGAGCCUCCUUCUAACCUGGUGCUAAAGAACCUGUGUGAGAGUUUCCUACAGGAGAGAGAUCAGAGAUCUCCAGAGGCUCUCUGCAGUCUGCACUCUGAGAAACUCAAACUCUUCUGUCUGGACCAUCAGCAGCCAGUGUGUGUCGUCUGCAGAGAUUCAAAAACACACACCAACCACAGCUUCAGACCCAUCGAUGAAGCUGCUCAGGAUCUCAAAGAGAAGCUCCUGACAUCUCUGAAGCCCUUCAAGAAGAAGUUAAAGACUUUUGAAGAAGUUAAAGUGAAGUGUGCUCACACAGCAGGAUACAUGAAGCUCCAGGCUCAACGCACAGAGACGCAGAUUAAGGAGCAGUUUCAGAAGCUUCACCAGUUUCUUGAAGAGGAAGAGGAGGCCAGGAUGGCUGCACUGAGGGAGGAAGAGAAGCAGAAGAGGAGGGUGAUGGAGGAGAAGAUGGAGGCUGUGAGCAGAGAGAUAGUAGCUCUUUCACACACAGUCAGAGCCACAGAGGAGGAGCUGAGAGCUGAAGACGUCUCCUUCCUGCUCAACUACAAGGCCGCAGUGGAGAGGCUGCAGUGCCCCCUGCUGGAGGAUCCACAGCUGCCCUCAGGUGCUUUGAUAGACCAGGCCAAACACCUGGGCAACCUCAGCUUCAACAUCUGGAGCAAGAUGAAGGACAUGGUGUCCUACUCUCCUCUCAUCCUGGACCCAAACACUGCUAAUUCAAACCUCACCCUGUCUGUAGAUCUGACCAGUGUGAGUGGACGAGGGAGACAGACACUUCCUAAUAAUCCAGAGAGGCUUAAUGGUUCAUACCACUCUGUCCUGGGCUCUGAGGGCUUUAACUCAGGGACUCCCAGCUGGGACAUCUGGGUUAAAGACUGUACAGACUGGGAACUUGGUGUGUUAGCAGAGUCUGUCGACAGGAAGGCAGACAUACGGUUUGGAUCAUGGAGAAUAUGGUUCAGUGAGGGUGAAUGUUAUGCACUCUCCCCACCAGAUGGAAGUAUUGUUCUCCCAUUAGAGAAGAAGCUCCGGAGGGUCAGAGUGAAUCUGGACUGGAACAGAGGAAAGUUGUCAUUCUCUGAUCCUGACACUAACACACACAUACACACCUUCACACACAAUUUCACUGAGAGGGUGUUUCCAUACAUUAAUAAUGAGGAUACUCUCCCACUGCAGAUCUUACCAUUGACUGUCUCUGUGAGGGUAGAACAACAGAAAUAGAUGAUGUUGAUGAUGAUGAUGACGACGAUGAUGAUUGUCAUUGUGUUGUAGAUGACAUUUACAGUAUAACAACCAAUUAUAAGAAAAGUGUAAAAAAAAACUGGUUUUCAAAUAUGAUAAAACAAAACACAAAUAAGAAAGACAAAAGCAACAACAACAAAAAACGUUUUAAUAUAAUUAAAUGUUUUUCUUGGUCAAGUCAACGUUUUAUUUCCUCAAUGAUGUAUUUAGGUUUUUUUGGGGGGGUUUUCUGAAAUACUUAAGGGGUUUUUGUGAAAGACUUUUUUUAUUGUUUUAUUAAAGUGAUCAAAAUACACUCAGUAAGCUUGAACCAGAAACCAGGUUGACUGCACUUUACAAACAUGUAACAUUUUCUGAAUUUAUAAUGUAAUUAUAAUAUUAUACGUUUGCUCCUGUUUCCGAAUUUCAAUCUUUUAUGUUUUAGGGUGAAGGGUCUACAUGACAUUAUUGAUUAUAUCUUUAAAGGCUCCUAUGUUUAAACAGCAAGGUUAUUUAGAUUGGUUUGUUUGUUGAUGUAACAUGUUAAAACAUUUUUAUUUAACAUGGUAUUUCCUUAUUAGAAAUUAAAGUUAAAUCUGGACAAUUAAAGUGUCUCAGAAAAAUUCAAAGCCUGUAAAUAUUUCAAGAAAAACACAAAUUAAAUUAUAAAAAAUAAAUAUUUUUUUUUCAAGUCCGGUCUAAGUUUUCUGUCCUGUGUUUAUGACUUUGACACAUAUAUGGUUUAAUCUUUGGAAUUUGUUCUCAUCAUUAUGUAUUACUCAUUCCCGGGUUUAGGACUGAAGGCUGCACCACUGAUCCAAAUUCGACACAAAAAUAUGAAAUGGCACUUUGAAUAUGCAAAAUAAAGACACUUUCUAUCAUAAAUCAA